AUGCCUCAAGGUUUAACAGGCGUUCUGGAGGAGUGGAAAAGUCUGGAGGAUGAAUAUCAACAACUUCAGGAGACACACAGAAUGUACUUAAAGAAACUGGAUGAAAUUUCCAAACUACAAAACAACUGCUCUGCCUCCAUUUCCCAUCAGCGAAAAAGACUGAAGGAGAUGUCCCAUCUAGUGAAAAAAUGCAGCAAAGGACCAUCAGAAGAAGAUGCUAAAAACAUAGAGGAGAUAAAAGAGAAAAUUAAGACGCGACCAAAUGCUUUCUUUGAAAUGGAAGCUUUUCUUCCAAAGAAAAAUGGGCUGUAUCUCAAUCUGGUCCUUGGAAAUGUCAAUGUCACUCUUUUCAGCAAGCAGUCAAAAUUUGCCUACAAGGAUGAAUAUGAGAAGUUCAAGCUGUGCUCCACAGUUGUCCUGCUGCUGUUCUCCUUCAUAUGCUAUUUCUUUGCGAACUACAGAUUUCUCGAUGCAAUCCUCAAUUUCCUGCUGGUGUGGUACUAUUGUACAUUAACCAUCAGGGAAAGCAUCCUCAUCACUAAUGGCUCCAGAAUCAAAGGCUGGUGGGUCUUUCAUCACUACAUCUCAGCUUUUUUGUCUGGUGUGAUGCUGACAUGGCCAGAUGGGAACCUGUACAAGAUGUUCAGGAACCAGUUCCUUGCCUACUCCUUGUAUCAAAGUUUUGUUCAGUGUCUGCAGUGCUAUUAUCAGAGUGGAUGUUUGUAUAGACUACGAGCCCUGGGAGAAAGACACAACAUGGAUCUUACCGUGGAGGGAUUUCAGUCCUGGAUGUGGAAAGGGCUGACGUUUCUUUUGCCCUUCCUCUUUUUUGGCCAUUUCUGGCAGCUCUUCAAUGGCCUCUCUCUCUUCAGAAUGGCUCAGCUCCCAGACUGCAGAGAAUGGCAGGUCUUGAUGUGUGGUCUCUGCUUCCUCAUUCUGUUUAUGGGAAAUUUCUUCACCACUGUUGCUGUGGUCCGUCAGAAGCUCAAGAGCAGGAAUCAGAAAGCAAAGAGUCUGUGAUUAAAAAAAAAAUAAAACAUGUCUAAAAAUGUUGUCUCACAUAUUCAGCUCCAAACAAAAACUCAUAUCAUCAUUAACAUUAUACUGGCAACUUAUUAUAAGCUUGCUGGCUAUUACUACAAAACAUGUACAUUAGAUAUAGAUUAGAUACAUAAAUAUAAAACAUGUGCUAUGGCCAAUCAAUCACCACACAAAGUUAAAUUAUGUUCUAAAAUGCCUCUGAUAUUUUCUUGGCAUGAUCAGGAAAAGACAAACAACGAA